AGCGCUUCUUCUUCUUCUUCUGAGCCUCUCCUCCGGUUCCUGCAGGGUUUCAGACAUCUCUUGCCUCUCCUCGGCUGGGCUUCAAAACGCACCGGUGGUUGGAGUGAGAACCAAGAGGUGUUUCCAGAGAAACCCAGAGAGCAUCAGGACAGCCAUGAGGCUGCUGACUGGGGCUGAGCUGUGGUCUGUGGCCAUAUUCAUGGCCAUUUUCCUGCUUCUGGUGGACCUAAUGCACCGGUGCCACCACUGGACUACCCGCUAUCCACCAGGCCCUAUGCCAUUGCCUGUGCUUGGAAAUCUGCUGCAGGUGGACUUCCAGAAUAUGCCAGCAGGCUUCCAAAAGCUGCGAAGCCGCUUUGGGGACCUGUUCAGCCUACAGCUGGCCUUUGAGCCAGUGGUUGUUCUGAAUGGCCUAACAGCCCUGCGGGAGGCACUGGUGAAAUACAGCGAGGACACAGCUGACCGGCCACUGUUGCAUACCAAUGACUACUUAGGCUUUGGACCACGCUCUCAAGGUGUGGUUCUAGCACAGUAUGGGUCUGCCUGGCGUCAGCAGCGACGCUUCUCCGUGUCCACCUUUCGUCACUUUGGCCUGGGCAAGAAGUCACUGGAGCAGUGGGUGACUGAGGAAGCCAGAUGUCUCUGUACUGCCUACACUGACUAUAAUGGACUCCCUUUCAGCCCUAAUACUCUACUGGACAAAGCAGUAUGUAAUGUGAUCGCAUCCCUCCUCUACGCCUGCCGCUUUGAGUACCGUGACCCUCACUUCAUCAGGCUUCUGAACUUGUUGAAAGAUACUCUUGAGGAAGAAUCUGGCUUUCUGCCUAUGUUCCUGAAUGUGUUCCCAGUGCUCCUGCGCAUCCCAGGGCUGCCCGGCAAGGUCUUCUCUGGGAAAAAGGCCUUCAUGGUCAUGCUGGAUGAGCUGCUAACUGAGCACAAGAUGACCCGGGACCCUACUGAGCCACCCCGAGACCUGACUGAUGCCUUCCUGGCUGAGGUGGAGAAGGCCAAGGGGAAUCCUGAGAGCAGCUUCAAUGAUGCGAACCUGCGCAUGGUGGUGGCUGACCUGUUCAUGGCGGGGAUGGUAACCACCUCAACCACACUGUCCUGGGCCCUGCUGCUCAUGAUCCUGCACCCGGAUGUGCAGAGCCGUGUCCAAAAGGAAAUCGAUGAAGUCAUAGGGCAGGAGCGGUGUCCAGAGAUGGCAGAUCAGGCCCGCAUGCCCUACACCAAUGCUGUCAUUCAUGAGGUGCAGCGAUUUGGUGACAUCCUCCCACUUGGUGUGCCUCACAGGACAUCUCGUGACAUUGAAGUACAGGGCUUCAUUAUCCCUAAGGGGACCACCCUCAUCACCAACCUGUCCUCGGUGCUGAAGGAUGAGACCGUCUGGGAGAAGCCCCUCCACUUCCAUCCUGAACACUUCCUGGAUGCCCAGGGCCGCUUUGUGAAGCAUGAGGCCUUCAUGCCAUUCUCAGCAGGCCGCAGAGCAUGCCUGGGGGAGCCCCUGGCCCGCAUGGAGCUCUUCCUCUUCUUCACCUGCCUCCUGCAGCGCUUUAGCUUCUCGGUGCCCACUGGACAGCCCCGGCCCAGCGACCAUGGGGUCUUUGGUGCUCUGACAAGCCCAUCCCCUUAUCAGCUCUGUGCUUUUCCCCGCUAAGAGGAGAUCUGAAAUCUUACCCAUUGCCUUGCUGGGGUUCUAAUGUGCAAUAAAUCAUUUUCUCCAAGCUAUAAUGGGACCUCAGUAGCCUCCCCUUGGACCUUCAGGUUAUUCUAACCUGACCAUUUGACCCUAGUGGAAGGACUGGCCUUUGAAUCUCAGAGAAUGACAGCUACCCUUGCCUUUCCCCUACCCUCUCUUUUUCCAACCAACUGAUAAUGUUUGUACAUAGAUGCCAACAUCUGGACGAAAGGUCAGAAAAGACUGCUGAUAGGUGGCUGUACGUUACAUAGAAUAGAAGGGCAGGAUUCCUACUAGGAGCCCCCAUUUCAGACCCACUUCUACCUGCCACACAGCUGAGGCUAACUGUUCAGCAAGCAUCAUCACAUCUAUUGCCUAACUUCUAUGACAUUCCAAAGAUGUAGAGAAAUCAGGGAGACUGGAAAUGAUAUGCCUGGUUAAGUGUCCAAGGUGAGCCAUGGGAUACUAGGGGCUUCCCUAAAAGGUUUUAUGGGAGUCCAGAAAGGGCUUACCUUGCAAGCUUCUUAGUCACCACUAAUUCUAUGACCCAUCAGGGUUACUGGUGUCCAGUCCCCUGCAUAGUGAAAAGAUGCUUCUGAGACCUAGCUUGGUAGAAUCAGCAAGCUCAGUGUUGUAACAGGCCCCCAGACCUUAACACGACCUUCUCCACUCAGCACACUGACAGCACCUCUUGGCAUAAUGAAAACAAAGGCCCAAUCCAUCCAUUGAAGUUCAUAGUUCUGGGAAAGUCUCUAAAUGUACUGACCUUGCUUUUUGGAUUCUGUAAUUCUGCUUCUGGCUAACUGUUCUUGUUAACUGUAUGUGUCAACCCAGGAUAAGAUUGAUGUGUUUAAAAGUUCACCCUGAGAAAGGUUUGGGUUACACUGGGAUCCUAAACACUCAGUGUAGUCACCAGCGGGUUAAUAAAGACUUCCUAUUAGCUUAAA